AUGCCUAAGAAAGGUAGAACCUUUGAUGGAUGUUGGACAUGUCGAAGUAGAAAAGUUAAAUGUGAUUUAACAAAACCGUAUUGUCAAAGAUGUACAAAACUGAAACGAAAAUGUAAAGGAUAUGAUAUAAAAUUGAGGUGGUCAAAUCCAUUAUCAAUCUCCAAAAUUGAUUCAUCAAUGGUUUAUUUAAAUUCAGAGGAUUCUGAUCUUGAUUCAUCUUCAUUCCAAAGACGAAAUAUUGAAUUAGUGAAAUUUCCAAAGUCCAUGUCAUUUGAAACGUAUGCUAAAUUGAAUGAGAUAUUGGAAAAGUUGGAUAAUUUUGGCACUUUAGAUAAAAAUUUCAAAAUUGGACCAUUCAGAUGCUUCAAAAUGGGAAUAAGAAGGACUGCGCAAGAAAAUGAAGGAGCGACGCAAAAAGAAGAAGAAGAAGAAAUAGAGGUUGAAGGAGAUGCUGAAGUCGAAGUUGAUAAUUCUCAUGUUCAUUAUAAUUUAAUUAAUUUUUCAAAAUUGACUGUAUUGGGUAUAAAAGGUAUCAAUUAUAAAUUCAAUGAUCAAAAUAUGCUACAUAUCUUAUAUCCUAAAUUUUUUCCUAAUAUAGAUUCGGAUGAUGAUUGGGUGCCGAAGAAUGCAAGUAAUAAAUUGUUCAAGAUAGAUGAGAAUGGGAACCUACUACUAUAUUCAGUUUUUCAUAACUUAGUUUCACUGGUUGAUUCAGGUUGGUUCUCAUUUAAUAGAUUUCAUUUCAAGAAUAAUUACAUUGAUUUAUUGAUAAUACCUUACAUAAAACAAUUACUUGGAGAAUUAGUUUGUUUUGAUCUCACUAGGCAUAUAGAAGCAGAAACAGAUAUAACUAAUUUUAAUUCGGUAAUAAAAAGUAUCAAAUUGGUGAUUGUAUAUUUAAUUCUUGGUAUAUCUUCAUUCAAGAAAUCUAGAAGGAUAGAUGAAAAUUUUGAGUACUUAAAUGAUGAGUAUUUAAAAAUAAGUGUAGAGAUGAGGAAAAGUAGUAUCCGGAUUUUAAAUGUUCAUUUAGAUGAAUCAGAUACUAUAUUUGAAUUACAAAAGGACCAAGAAUAUGACCAAGAAUAUGAUACAUUAAUUCUUCUAUCCAUCAUACUUCAAAUUGAAUUAGACUGUUUAUUUUCCAUUUUUGAAAAUUUGGAUUUAUUGUAUGCGAUUGGAGAUUUCAUAAUUCUUAAUAAGUUUAACAGUCGAAGAGUAUCAAAUUUGAACAAAUAUCUUAUCAACAUUUUCAAAAUUAAGAGUAUUUUCUAUGAAUCUACUAAAUCGAUAAGCAAGUUCAAUUAUCAAAUUAGCGAAAUUGAUGAAGAAGUGAAUUACAGUGAUUUAAAAGAUACAUAUAAUCUUAUUAAUGAUCUAUCAGAAGAUGAGGAGAAUGAAUCAUUAACCAGUGAUGAUGAAGAAGAAGAUCAAAUCGAAAAAUUUAAACCAACUAUACAAAAUCUAAUCUCUAAAGAGAAAAUGUAUUCUCCAUUACAAUUUACUAUUAGUUUUGGUAAACAAUCAAGUAUAUCAGCAUUUGAAAGAUUGGAAAAACAGCAUCAAGGACAUGAUCAACCACCAAGAGCACAAUUUAAUGCAUCCAAUGUACAUUUUUCAUCAGCAUUCAUUGAAAAUAAUUUAAUGUAUUUAACUUAUGGAAUACUGAAAUCUUUAAUUGAUAUAUUUCAUCAAAUUAUUCAUCUAACAAAUCAUAAAAAUAUAUUCAGUCAGAAGAAAGUGUUCCCAAGAAAUUUUCCAAAAAUUUGUGCUGAAAUUGAAGAUAAGUUGAUUAAUUGGAAAAUACCAUGGAUUUUAAAUGAGUCUAAUCCAAUUCAUCAAAUUUUAAAAUAUUCAUUAACUGCAUUUCAAAAGGCUCAAAUUGUAUAUUUCAAUAAACUACUAAAGAAGAAUUUUGACAUUAAGGGAAUACAAAAAGUUAUAAUUGGAUGUUUAGAUGAUGUUGAAAAAUCAUUGCAGAUUGCAAAUCUGAUAAAGUUUGAAUACAAGCCUAAUUUUUGGAUAUUGUUAAUCUGUGGUUCAUCCGUGAUUGAUAAAGAUUUACAAGAGAAGAUUAGAUUGAUUUGGCAAAAUGAUUUAUUCAAACGACAAAGUAAUUAUUGGAGAGGUAAACAAAUUCUUUAUGAAAUUUGGAAUAGACGAGCUUUAGGUGAGGAUGAAAACAAUUUAGGGUUUAUGAAUUUAAUCAGAGAAUGGGAUAUUGUAUUGAGUUUAGGUUAG